AUGUGGGUUGUAGUAGUUCUUUCUCGCUAUGUACGUGAGCUGGAGAUUUAUAGUUCUUGCUAUCAGGAUAAGCAAAACAUAUUGCCAAGUAGCUUGUAUACCUGCAAGUCACUCGUGAUUUUGAAGCUCAAUGGCGGGAUUCUCAUGGAUGUUCCUCGAAUGGUUUGUCUUCCUUCUCUGAAAACUUUGGUACUUAAAGGUGUGAACUACUUCAAACAAGAAUCUCUUCAGCGACUUCUAUCUAAUUGCCCUGUUCUUGAAGAUCUAGUAGUGAAUUUAUGUCAUCAUGACAAUAUGGGAAAGUUCAUUGUUAUUGUCCCAUCUUUGCAACGUUUAUCACUCUAUAUAGGUUAUAAGCGUGUUUUAGAUGAGUUUGUCAUAGAUACUCCUUCUUUAGAGUAUUUCAAACUUGUGGAUCGUAAUUAUGAUAGUCACCCAUGUUUGAUUGAGAAUAUGCCUAAGCUGACGGAAGCAUAUGUCGAUGUUAGAUCCACUGAUCUCCAGAGUCUCAUUGGAUCAAUCACUUCUGUCAAGCGGCUUAUAAUAUCCUCUAAGGCUAUGUUUGGUGACGGUUAUAUCUUCAACCGCCUUGAGCGUCUGACACUACAUGUAUUGGAAGAGAACCCGUCGAAUCUCCUUUCCCAGUUCCUCAAAGACUCUCCUAACUUACAAGAACUAGAGUACUUCUCUGAACUAGAUGACAGUUAUGAGAAUAUGCGUAUGUUUCCCUGGAAUCAACCGAGUAUUGUUCCCGAAUGCUUGUUGUCGAGUCUACAAAAGUUCACCUGGUCGCAGUACUUAGGAAGAACACAAGACAGAGAUAUUGCGGUUUACAUCUUGAAAAACGCUUGUUGCUUAAGGAAUGCAACAAUCGAUUCUUAUACAUGUUUGGUUCCAGAACUCAAGAUGAUAAAGGAAUUGACUCGUUCUUCCCGAGCUUCAACAACAUGUGAACUCAACUUUUCUUGAGGAUUUGAGUUUUAAGAUGUUUUCAUUUAUAAAUAGGGUCUAGUUUCCAUCUAGACUCGUCUGAUUGUCCAGCAAAGAUCAGAUCAUGAAUGUCUUGUUCUUUUACUCUCCUACUUGUAUGGUUUCUUUUCCAUCUCUUAAAACUCGUUUUCGACAGAAAGCUUGUUUAUGUAUAAUGGAGAUAUACCUUGUAUGUCAGACAGAAAAGUUUGAGCGUUGCGUAAAGAUGUUCAGCUCAAAGUUAAAAAGAAGAAUACAAUAGCUUAAGAGUUGG